AUGUACAUGCGGAAGCAGCUAUAUCGCAUAUGCACGAAGCGCAACUUGAUGGCGCUGUCCUCAACGUAUCCAUUGUCCUGCCUCGCCGCACGUUUUCUCGCUCUCCUCCGCCAGCUCGGAACAGGGGCGAUUUUGGCCGCUUUGAUCGACCUGCUCAUGGGAGGCCUUAUGGUCGAGGCCCCGGCUUGGAUUCUGGAAGACCUCCGCCUUCGGGAGGGCGGUAUCGCUCUCCCCCGCCCCGUCGUGCAUCCCCCCGGCGUUUUGCUGGUCCCCGCGGCAUGGAAAGACACGAUCUAUAUCGUCCUCGGUCGAUUUCGAGAUCACGCUCCCCGCGGGGUCGCUCGCCCUCCUAUUCCUCGCGAUCACGCUCCCCGCGGGGUCGCUAUCCUUCCUAUUCCUCGCGAUCACGUUCUAGAACUCCGCCGCCACGCAGAAGGCCUCAUAGGGAUAGCCCCCCUCGUCGUAGGAGGCGGGCCUCCAGCUACAGUAGCUACAGCGACCGUGGCCGGAGCCGGAGCAGAAGCAGAAGCCUGA